UUGGAAGCCACAGGUAAAACCAGCAUUCGAAAGUAUGGUUUACCUCAGAACAGAUAAUCGCCAUUCUUUGAAGAAGUCAGUUGCAAAUUGAUUAUCAAACAACACACACCUCUUACUGAACAGUGAAAUAAAGCACGUACCAACGCCAUUCAAUGAUGGUUUCGGAAUCCCAACACCUUCGGCGUGAUUCGUUCGAAUUCAAAAAGCGGUCGAGCUUUUCGCGCCACGAUUUGGAUUACAAGAUGAAGAUGCUGCAGCUAACGCUGGUGUACCGUCGUUCAGUGGCGGAUGAACGGCCACUUCCUGCGCCUCAACCAAACCGACAUUCGAUUGCCCAGGACACGUUCGGAAAAGCUAAACAAAUUGCCAUCACGCAGCCGUUCCAUGUGCCGAAGAUUCUAGCUGUGGAACCCAAACAGAGACAGGAUCCAAAAGCCGUUAAGGACAAGAAGGUCAUAGUUAGCGUGACUAGUGCCACGUUGCCGCCGAAUCCGCAGCAUAGUAAAGUUCAACGAUUGGUCCGGAUGUUCGAGAAUAAUUCCAGCACGGUACCGAAGAAUUGUCCAGAGGUCCGCAGCAAACCGUCGUCAGUUCCAGGCAAGCGGCUACCCGAAUCGCAAGCCAAGCGGCUAUCAAGUUUUGAACCGAAGCCUAAGCUUCAAGGAGAGAAGAACAAACCACAAAUCGAAAAGACCGUGAACAAUACGGGGGAAUCAGUGCCUAGUGAUGAGGAGAUUAAAACUGAGCUGAAACAGCGUCGGAAGGUAAAGCUUUUAUGCAAUUUUUUUGAACAACAAGCUAAGAUUUGAUUUAUUCUUCUAUUUGACAGCCUGAUUCCCUGUAGAGUUAGUGCGUUAGUGAUUGUAAUUUUAAGGCACCGUAAAUCACAAAGUGAUCAAUAAAUGAAUGUAUAACGUACGUUGCAUUUGAAUACAUCACUGAAUAUCACAUGAAUAUUGCAACCUUCAAGAACCUGAUAAGUAUGAGUGAAUUCGAAGAUGGCCGUCUAUCAUAGUAGAAUUUUUAGUUUCGAGUGUUUUGUGUGGAUAGCGAAAUCCAUGAUGUUGAAAAUGCGGAUCAAAAGCGCACCUUCUCCUGGACCCAUAUUACCUUACUCACAGAUAACCUUACUGUUCACUCCUGUCCUGAAACUUGGGAGUUCCUAUAAAACGGGGUAAAUUUGAUAGUGCGGCAGGCAUUAUAUAUUAUAUCUCAUAACAAUGACUCGUUUUAUCAGUUGAGAAAAAGGCAAACGUGAAUCAAAAC